CGCGCACACUUAUAUAUCAGUGAAUCCGCAAAUAGUCUCAUCGCUUGGUGCGAGCCGUUCGCUUGCUGCGCAAACAAGCCGUGUUGUAUUCUGGUCGUCGCCUAAUGUAUCAGUAGCGACGGUAGCAUCCUCUGAGCACCAUCUGCCUUUCGGACCGUCCAUCUCCACCUGGACACGACUUCGUCAUCAACAUAACCCUCCACCACGGCAGUGUCGAUGUAGACCGAGCCGAUUCUAACAAGCAGGCGAGAGUGUGGCACCUGACUCACGCGCGCCGCUAUUGACCUAGCCCAUAGAUUAUCAUAAAUAUUGCACAUUGCUAUGGUAACCGGGGGCUGAGGCAGCUUGUCAGUGGGCAAUGUCAUAAUGGACGAGACUCCACAACCCGCCAUGGAGAACCCAGCACGGCCACACCCGGUGAAAAGGUUGGAUAGCAAGGAGAACCCGUUCCUACCUGGCGGGAAUCUCAGUAAGGAAACCGACGACCUGUUGAAGCGAGCAACCAUCAUCAGAGACCAGUUCCUUCUGGACGACGAGGCGAGGCUUCUCGCCCAACAGGCUGCUGCAGCAGAGGGUGCCACGCAGGUGCAGGAGGAGCACACGUCACCGGCUCACACAAGUCCUGUGGCCAAACCCAAGGAGAACGGCCAGUCUGCAGAACCAGCAUCUCCUAGCUCAGUGCAUGUGGACAUGAACAAGGAACCCCAAGCCUCACCAGGCUCGCCACAAACUCGCAAUGCCGUGCAAAAAGACAAGAAAAAGGGUAAUAAAUGCUGUAGCGUGAUGUAGCACCUGCAUUCAUCCAUAUAUCGUGAUGGUAGUCUAUAUCAGCCGCCUGGACUGCACUGACAGACGAACGGACGAAGAUAUGGAGGGCCCCGAGCUUCCAUUUCUACCCUGUGGACCUCCGCUAUUUUGUGUGCUCGGCUUUUCUGACUUUGUGCGUGGGUGGAUUGCUACUCGCCACGAUGUCCGUAGGAAAGACUGACUGAACAUUUCUAACAUGGCAUGGCCGCGGUGGGUAAACGUGGUCGUGCCACCAUGCAUGUAUUUAUCUCAUGUGCAUCUGUCAUUUGUGUGUUACCUUACUCACUCGGGACGCGCAUUGUUUUGUUAUCUUCUUGUACUACUGACUGCUACAGGCGUGUGUGUCCGUGUAAAGUCAGGACUCGCCUCAAUCUGUACGCCCUGGCUGACACAGUGUAGACUGGAACCCGCUGCCUGAAGAUGACGCAGAUGUCUGGUCCAGGAGGUUUGGUAAUAUCGUGUAGAGGUGCCCAUUGAGUAGAGCUGGAGAACCAGAUGGGAAGGUACAGAGAAACAGGCGGGAUCCAGAUGUGUAGGACAUGACGGCCAGGUGUGAUCCAGGUGUGUAGGACAAAACAGCCAGGUGUAAUCCAGGUGUAUAGGACAAGACAGCCGGGUGUGAUCCACGUGUGUAGGUACGGAGAAGGUGUGAUCCUGGUGUGUACAGAACGCGGCUGUUCACUGACAGGCACACGUGACCUGAGAAAUCUUGAUAACUCUACAUAAUAAUUUAUUAUUUAACAACGUCUUGUAAGACAUGCAUUUUAGUGCAAACAUUGUCGAAGGCAUUUGCAGAAAAUGGGAAAUGUCGUGAUGUCGGAGUACAUGGUAUGUGGCUUGUUGAGGACCAUCUAGAACCAUCAUGCCUCGCCCGGUGUGGCAGCCACGUGAUCAGGAAUACAAUCAGUACAACGUUAUGGGCAGGUGACAUCUGUCGUCCACCUGUGCCUGGUAUCAGCCAUGUGUCACCGGAGGACAUAAUAUUGAGGCUUUUUAUAUAUUAUCUUCAAAGGGUUGGGUUUGAAGAGGGAUUGGGUGGGAACGCUUGUAGAAUUGAAAAAUGCUUUUACGAUUUGUUUUGUAUUAUUUAUUUUUAGAAUUAAACAGCAAUUAAGUCAUCUUCAGAUUUAUUUGCAUAAAGAGUUUGACUGA